CGGGUGUCAAGCCGUGUUUAUCUGCUCGUGCAGAUGUAACUAAUGUGUGAGUCAGUGGAGAGGAAAGUGAGCGUCGGACACCAAAUGGACAACAUUAGGAUGUCCGCGGAAAGGUUGGAGAAAAGGAAGACGUUAGAAUUGAGGAAGAAGCAUAUUGGGCCAUCUUGUAAGAUUUUCUUCAGCCAUGACCCCAUCAAGAUUGUGCGAGCCAAAGGCCAGUACAUGUAUGAUGAAAAAGGACAACGCUACUUGGAUUGCAUCAACAAUGUGGCUCAUGUGGGCCACUGUCACCCAGAUGUUGUGAAGGCUGGAGCUCAGCAGAUGGAACAGCUCAACACAAACUCGCGGUUCCUGCACGACAACCUCGUACUGUAUGCCCAGAGGCUACAGGCUACGCUGCCUGACAAGCUGUCUGUGUGCUACUUUGUCAACUCUGGCUCUGAAGCCAAUGACCUGGCUCUCCGUCUGGCAAAGCAGUACACCGGCCACAAGGACGUCAUCACGCUGGAUAAUGCAUACCACGGCCAUGUCUCAUCCCUCAUUGACAUCAGUCCUUAUAAGUUCCACCAGCUGGCAGAUCCUGAGGAGAACCAAUCUGUCCAUGUGGCUCUGAGCCCAGAUGUGUACAGAGGCAAAUACAGAGCAGACCACCCGGACCCUGCCACAGCGUACGCAGAUGAAGUCAAAGACAUGAUAGAACAAGUCCAAGUGGAAGGAGGCAAGAUUGCUGCUUUUAUUGCUGAGUCAUUGCAGAGCUGUGGCGGGCAGGUCAUUCCCCCCGUGGGCUACUACCAAAAAGUUGUAGAACAUGUGCGAAAGGCAGGGGGCGUUUUCAUUGCUGACGAAGUCCAGGUGGGUUUCGGACGCGUCGGCAGCCACUUUUGGGCCUUCCAGCUUCAGGGAGAAGACUUCGUGCCUGACAUUGUCACCAUGGGAAAGCCUAUAGGCAACGGCCACCCCAUGUCCUGUGUGGUCACAACCAAAGAGGUGGCAGCGGCCUUCCUGCAAAUGGGAAUGGAGUAUUUCAAUACGUUUGGCGGUAACCCCGUGUCGUGUGCCAUCGGUCUGGCCGUGCUGGACGUGAUCGAGAAAGAGGAUCUGCAGGGGAACGCGUCGCGUGUGGGGCGAUACCUGAUCGAUCUGCUGGAAAAGCAAAAAGAGAAGCAUCCACUGAUUGGUGACAUCAGGGGGCGUGGCCUCUUUGUUGGGGUGGAGCUUGUGAAAGACAGGCUGAAGCUCACUCCUGCUACAGCAGAAGCCCAAGAAGUCAUCUAUAAGCUAAAGGAACAGCACAUACUUCUCAGCGCGGAUGGACCUCAUCGCAAUGUGCUGAAAUUCAAGCCCCCCAUGUGCUUCACUACAGAGGACGCUGACCUGGCAGUGGAGCAGAUCGACCACAUUCUCACAGAGCUUGAGGAGGCUGGAGGCUUGAAGUUGCACAACGCAUUGACUGCAGAGAAUGAAAACAAAAGAAAGCCAACUGAUGAAAAUGGACACCAUCACAGUGGGUUAGCACACAACAAAGGGAGCAGUCAAGGAGUUCCUCAACAGACCAAACGCCUCAGGAAACAAUGCUGAUUACAACACUGAAUCUUUUACAGCUAAAAUACAGGUGAAAGACACUAUAAACACUGGAGGUUACAAAAAAAGAAAUCAACUCAGCAGGAAUGUUUUUAUAUCAGGGAAUAACAUACGGAAUAUGUAAAGCAUGGAAGGCAUGUCUUCUCAGAUUUUAUUUGUUUUUAAUUACAUAGGAAUGAAGUCAAUUUUUCAGCACGUCUAUAAUGGAUUGACUGUAAUCGUACUACUCUUACUUCUAACUGUGCGAGUUAGCAUGCUAUUCAAACCUGUCUAUUCUUUAUUUAGAUUGAGGUUAACAGUCAUUUGCAGGUAAUUUUCAGGGAAUCAUGUUUGUAAUACAUCACUCAUAGUUAUGAACCGGCAAUUAUAGCCACUUAUUAUCAAAAUAUUUUUUAUGAUUCGACAAAAACAGCAGCUCUAGCUGAAAAUGUGGAAUAUGUGUACAUAUUGUUGCAGAUUUUGUAGUGAUUUGAUCUGUUUGGAAUAAAAGAUUUUAUGGA